AUGGCCGACCCUAUCGAGAACACCGUCGAGAUCACUGACGGUCCUCCCCCGUUGCCAUACUCUCUGCGCCAGCGGAAACGCUCUAUUGCUUUCUUCUGGACGCUAUUCGUUAUCGAUACACUCGCACAACCGCUCAUCCUCUAUUAUGCGCUGCGCUAUGAAACAAGUCUGUCGCUGAAUCUGAUCUUUUCCAUUAGUACGGCGGCGUUGGGGGGUGUUUCCGUUUUCGAGUACUUUUAUCGAUUGUACAAUCUGAUGAGAAGUCAAUCUCGAGCUAGACCGCUCAAUGCACGCAAGUCCUGGCUUGACUUUUUUCAAAUCAACUUUACCAUUGUCUGGUUGAUUCUGGCCGUGGAAUUGAUUGUCGGAACCGUCCCAACGAUCCCAUACAUUCGCCUACUCGCCAUGCCUCUCCCCACCGUUAUGUUCUACUUUGGUGCCGUCCACCUCACCCUCGACAUUCUCCGCAUGACCGGCCACAAAGCCCCAUUCCGCAUCUCCUCAACUCCGCAAGGUUCCGUCAUGCCUACCGCUCUAUACGUGCUCGUCGAAGACAUCGUUGCUGUGGACGGAGGCGGUGGCCAGAGCUUCCGCUAUGCUCUAAGGAAACGGUACUUGUCGAGUCCUUACUUCCGGCGCAUGCUUUUUGAGAUGAAUUGUUUCUGGGCUGGCGGAUCUUUGAUUACGGCUGCUGCGAUUACGGCUAUUAUUUUCACCACCCCGAUUAAUGUCGCGUAUACACUCGGCUGGUCGCUCCCCUUCGCCUGGGCCGGUAUCUGGACUCUCAUCACCUUCCCAUGGGUCCGAGCCGAACUCCGUCGCGAAAGAGAAACAUGGAGCCUCGUACAACAGAACCACGGCGGCGAGCCCUUUACCGACGACAUCACCGCCAAACCACGCACACGCAUGAACUCGAUUCAAGCUCGCUUUUUACCUUUUACUACCCGCGCAAAACAGACUUCUCCAGCAAGCUCAUCUACUACAACCGAAGAGCCGGGUGCUGUCCACGACGGCGUGGGCAACGUUGUUGCAAACCACAACACCAGAGCUGCAGAUGAUGAGGAGAAUUUUGUGGCUGUCAUGACUGCCGAAGAAGGCACCAUUGGCGCCGGCGGGCUUGAACGAAAUGCAUCUCAUCAUGAUCACGAAACCACCACCCCACUCACUAAUAAUAACCAUAAUACCGACCCGAAUCGAGACCUCGAGAAACAACAGCCGGUCUAA